GGGAGGGGUCUCUGUUGUAUGGGUGUGUUUAGGACCCUGUUCUGACCCAGGACUAUGUCCCACUAUGUUGAGGGCAGGUGUUCCUGUAUCUGGCAUGUGAACACGGGUCUGUCUUGGCGCAGGAGAGACCGGGAAUAAAUGUGUGCUACCUCCUGUGUGUGUGUGAUUGUGUGUUUGUGAAGGCAUUGUGGGGUGUCUGCUUAGCGGUUGUGUGACCUUGCAUGUGUCUUUGUUACAUGGCGGGGGGGGGGGGGGAUCAGGAGGGAAUGCAGGGUCCCAGGUCCCCGCCCAUGUGCUCCUGAGUGGCUGUUUGGAGUACCAUGUGGGUCCCCGAGAGCUGACAGCCAGCUGGGUUAGGGCCCAUCUGCCUAUAUUUGAGUGUUGGGCACGGGUGUGGGCACGGGUGGAGCUAAGUGUCUUGCGUGACUUUGUAAGUCUUUGUGAUAAUGUGUACUGACAGCCCUCUGGCUUACCGUGGUCGUGGGAGGCUGUGUUAAACUAAACUCGGGUCUGAGUCUAUGGUGUGUGUUUCUAUAUGCAUCUUUGUGACGGUGUGUGAUUACAAGUGACUGUGGGAUGACACAGCCUCACUGAGCAGUGUGUGUGUGUCUCUUUCUGGAACUGGGAAGGAGACAGGCCCUGCCCCCUCCCCCAGCUUAGGUCCAAGAUCCCUUGGACCUGCCAGUGACUGACUGGGAGAGAGACAGGGAGGAGCAAGGGAGGACAGGGCGGAUUGCUCCCCCCUGCCCCAGGUCACAAACUGGCUCCGCUUCUCCAAACAAAGUUCUGAGGCUGCAGCCAAGGGGGGGCGGGCCAGGGAGGGGCUGCCCACGCCCACUCCCCAGCCCCCUCUCCCCAGGGUCUGGCCUCAGCCCACCUAACGCUGAAGCCUUCCGCCCAGUCUGUCCCUGGCCCUGUUUGUCCCUGCACCCACCACCAGGUGAGAAGGGCGGAGGCCUGGGGGAGCAGAGGACCCUGAGGACAGAUGGGUCUCCAUUGGCCUCCUCGGGGUGGGGAGUUGAGGGCUCGGAAGGCUGGAGGGGCAUGGACAGAUGAAAGGUCAAGAUGGGUCCAGAAGAGGGGUGAAGGGGCAGAGCCAGGGCAAUUAAGUGGGGAGUGGAUAGGCUGGGGGAGCUGUGCAGGGGAGAGACCAGCCUGAGGCAGAGGGCCCAGGGGGACAGGACCUGGGGUCCUGCUGGAGGCUGGAGGAUCGGGCUUCCAAGGGCUUCAAAAGGGAGUGCGAGUGUGGAAGAUGGGCUGAGACCGGGGGCUGUAGAAGCGUGGAGAGGCGGCAGAGGUGGGACCUGAGGGAGGAGGUCCAGGCUGCUGAAGAGCUGGAGUCCUAAGACUCUAGAAACCGAGGUGCCGGAGGCUCGGAGUGGGGAAGGCUGUAGACGGAGCUCAGGUAAGGGAUACGGGAUCGCACAGAGGGUUGCUGAGGCUGCGCGGUGGACCCAAGGGUCUUGUGGGUGGAGGAUGGAGGGAGAGGGCCCCUGAGGAGUAGACGCAAGGCUCUGGGACCAGUGGUCCCGGGAAGAGCGUCUGCGAGAAGGGGCUUGGGGAUGACUGAGGGCUAGGGCAGGUCUGAGCAGGCCUGGGAAGAGCCCAGAAACCUGGACAAGGGACGCAACGCUUGAGGGAGGAAGAGGAGGCUGGGGUGCCUGUAAGAGGGGACGCCAAACUGAGCCAGCCGGCACCUCUCUGCCCCUGCCCGCAGCCCCCCGGCCCCCUCCUGGGGCCCCCGUUCCUCCGCCCACAGCCUGGGGUCGGGUCCGGCCCCCCCUCUCCUCCCGCGCGACCGGCCUGGCGCCGCAAUGACCGUCACGUACACAGCCCGCGUGGCGAACGCGCGCUUCGGCGGCUUCUCGAAGUUGUUGCUGCUGUGGCGCGGGAGCAUCUACAAACUUCUGUGGCGCGAGCUGCUCUGUUUCCUCGGGCUCUACAUGGCGCUGAGUGCCGCCUAUCGCUUCGUGCUGACUGAAGAGCAGAAGCGCUACUUCGAGAAGCUCGUCAUUUACUGUGACCAGUAUGCCAGUCUCAUCCCGGUCUCUUUCGUGCUGGGUUUCUAUGUGACGCUGGUGGUGCACCGCUGGUGGAACCAGUACCUAUGCAUGCCGCUGCCCGACGCGCUCAUGUGCGUGGUGGCAGGCACAGUGCACGGCCGCGACGAGCGAGGCCGCCUCUACCGGCGCACGCUCAUGCGCUACGCCGGGCUCUCAGCCGUGCUUAUCCUGCGCUCGGUCAGCACCGCGGUCUUCAAGCGCUUCCCCACCAUAGACCACGUGGUGGAGGCGGGGUUUAUGACCCGCGAGGAGCGCAAGAAAUUCGAGAACCUGAACUCGUCCUACAACAAGUACUGGGUGCCCUGCGUCUGGUUCUCCAACCUGGCUGCGCAGGCCCGGCGCGAGGGCCGCAUCCGCGACAACAGCGCCCUUAAACUGCUGCUGGAGGAGCUGACUGUGUUUCGGGGCAAGUGUGGGAUGCUCUUUCACUACGACUGGAUCAGCGUACCCCUUGUCUAUACCCAGGUGGUGACCAUCGCUGUGUACAGCUACUUCCUGGCCUGCCUCAUCGGUCGCCAGUUCCUGGACCCGGCUCAGGGCUACCAGGGUCACAACCUGGACCUGUGCGUCCCCAUCUUCACCCUGCUACAGUUCUUCUUCUAUGCCGGCUGGCUCAAGGUAGCCGAGCAGCUCAUCAAUCCUUUCGGUGAGGACGACGAUGACUUUGAGACCAACUUUCUGAUCGACCGCAACUUCCAGGUGUCAAUGCUGGCCGUGGACGAGAUGUACGACGACCUGGCCAUGCUGGAGAAGGAUUUGUACUGGGACGCAGCCGAGGCUCGAGCCCCCUAUACUGCAGCCACCGCGUUCCUGCUGCAACAGCCCUCCUUCCAGGGCUCCACCUUUGAUAUCACGCUGGCCAAAGAGGACAUGCAGUUCCAAAGGCUGGACGGCGUGGACGCGCCGCUGGGCGAGGCACAUGGUGACUUUUUGCAGCGCCUCCUGCCGGUAGGUGCGGGCAUGGCCGCAGGAGGCCUGCUGGGCCGGCGCCUGUCCUUGCUGCGCCGCAAGAACAGCUGCGUGUCGGAAACGUCCACGGCCGCCAGCUGCGCGUGCGCAGGCGCCCCCGACGGCGCGGCCCCGGAAUGCGGUUGCGGGGACCCGCUGCUCGACACCGGCUUGCGGGAGCCGGAGUCGGAGUUCCCCCCUGGCCCGGAACUGCCCAUCCCCGGGCCCGCCGAGCCCUUCACCACUGUGCCUAUGCCGGCGCCCCGGGGACCGGCUCCACCCUGGCUGCCCAGCCCCAUUGGCGAGGAGGAGGAGAGUCUAGCCUGAGAUCCGCAGGCACUGGAUCCCCAAGGACAGGGACACAAACCCCGACAGGGCACGCAGGCAGCAGUCUGGGUCUGCGUAAGCCACAUGUGGACUCCACCUAUCCGACUUUGACGGGUUCCCGCUUCCUGCGCGCCAGUCUUCACCUCUGACCCUAGGUUUUGGAAUGCCUCGUGUGGGCCAGGCACUGGGCCAGCUUAUUUGAACAGUUCAUCCUUCCCCCCAGUUCUGCUUCCCUCCCUCCCCUGCCUGAGAGGCCUCGAUCAGCGUGCCCUGCCUUUAUUCUUUCCUUAAAAUGGAGAUGUGAGUGCCUACCUCAUUGAGUUAUGGGGAUGAAAUGAAAUGAUGGCUUCAAAGUGUUGGUGUAUAAUAGGUGCUCAAUAAAAUGUUAGUGGUUUUUGGCCAAACAUUAUUAGCCUGACUUUUCCUGCCAGGUAUUAGGCUAAAUAAGAGUUGAGAAUUCUUCCAGAUUCUUUGAUCACCCCCUGCCCUCGAAAUGCUCCCAUCAGUGUCCAUGCCUUUACUCAUUCAUUAAUGUACCAGGCAGUCCUAAGACCACAGCCUUCUUGCCACUCCUGUUUUAUGAUUCCCCAGGCCACCUCUGCCCCAAGUCCCUGCAUUCUCAGAUAUCCCUUCAGAGCCCAGGUCUUAAUUCAGUCCUAUGCUGAUGACCCCUGAAUUUAGAACUCCAGUCAUGGGGCACCUGGGUGGCUCUAUCGGUUGAGUGUCCAACUUCGGCUUAGACCAGGAUCUCAUGGUUCGAGAGUUUGAGCCCAGUAUUGGGCUCUCUGCCGUCAGUGUGGAACCCACUUCUGAUCCUGUGUUCCCCUCUCUCUCUCUGCCCCUUCCCCACUCAUGCUCUCUCUUUCAAAAAUAAACAUUAAAAAAGAGCCCUCUUCAAG